AUGAAAUUUGGGAUCUUUGCAGAUUCAAAUCAUUUAUUUUUGAUGACUGUUGUCUUUUUUAAAAGUAACCAGUCUUUGACAGUAUCUGGAAAGAGAACUAAACAAAAUGGCUACAUAUUCAGUUGCCAAAAGUAGUGUAGAUUUAGCUAUAGCUCCAAUGAUAAUGUGUAAAUUAUGUUUAAUGGAGUGUCCAUUACAAGACAUGUAUGAAUUGAUAGAUUGUAAAUGUUUAUAUUGUGAAAUGUGUGUACGUCAGUAUUUAAGUGUGAUGAUAAAAGAAGGAAACGUAUCAGAUAUAACAUGUCCAGAUGCUCAGUGUAAAAAACAUGGUUCACUAGAAAAACACGAGAUUCAGAAGUUGGUUGAUAAAAAUAUGUAUGAAAGAUAUAAAAGACUGUGUUAUAUGGAAGAAGUAGAUUUAGAUCCUAAUAGAACAUUUUGUCCAGAAGCAGGGUGUGAGACAGUAUGUCAUGUGUGUUCUAGUAGGUUAGAAGAAAAUGUCAGUGCUACACCUGUACAAUGUCCCACGUGUGGUCUUCAAUUUUGUUCAGUAUGCAAGUCCAAGUGGCAUGCAUCAAAAAGUUGUGAUGAAGCAAUGUCUAAAGGGAGACAAGAAGAUCUCGGAAUUCCAUUCAGCAGUUCAGAAGAUGCCAAGAUUAAAAGAUGUCCAGUAUGUCAUGUACCUAUAGAGAGAAAUGAUGGAUGUGCUCAGAUGAUGUGUAAACGAUGUAAACAUGUGUUUUGUUGGUAUUGUCUGACCUCGUUAGAUGAUGAUUUUUUAUUGAGACAUUAUGAUAAAGGCCCUUGUAAAAAUAAACUUGGACAUUCCAGAGCAUCAGUGAUAUGGCAUAGAACACAGGUUGUUGGAAUAUUUGCAGGAUUUGGUGUGUUAUUACUAGUAGCAUCCCCGUUUUUACUAUUAGCCGCCCCGUGUAUAUUGUGUUGUAAAUGUAAAAUAUGUAAA